AUGAGUGAGCAACCGGAAAACUUGUCGCUCAAGAAGCGCGUCACGAAUCCUAUAGUGCCCGACAAGCCUAGAGCUGGUUCAGCCAUGACCCAUGGUACCGGUCAUGGAAACAAGACUGGCGAGUAUCGAAGAGAUUCCCUCAGAGGACAGGCAAUGGAGGGGAUAGGGAAGCUUGUCCAUAAUCAAGGCCUACAAGACAGAGGACACGAGAUGAGGCGAAAGAGCGGCUAUGAAGGAUGA